UGACAAUGUGAAAUUCUCGUCAGAGCACAAAAAUGGUGCAGGAGAGUGGAGACAGUGAAGAAAGAAGUGGAUUUGAAUGGAGAUCUCCUCGUUUGUUUGUCUGCUACAUUUUGCUGGUCCUGUUGCUGUUUUACUACAUCGACUACUCUCAAUUCUCUGAAAAAUGGGCAACAACAAUUCGAUUAUUGCUUCCAGAGACAUUAACCUCUCAGACAACCAAGACGUCACUGGCCACAGGUGGAUCGUGGAAGCCCCCUGGACCAUAUUAUGUGGCUUACCCACACAAAUAUCAUUUUGUUAUAAAUGAGCCAAAGAAGUGCGAGCAGGAAAACACUUUUGUGUUAUUGAUAGUACCAGUAGCUCCGGGCAAUACGUUGAGUCGGAAUACCAUCCGUUCAACGUGGGGUACAGAGAAGUUAGUAGAGGGCAAAGUUGUGAGCCUGCUAUUUCUAUUAGGCCUGCCCAGCCCUAAAGAGAGAGAGAAGCUACAAAAAAGUUUGCUUCAGGAAAGUGAAAACUAUCAUGACAUCUUACAAAGCGAUUUCUUGGACAGCUACCACAAUCUCACGAUUAAGACUAUGGUGAUGCUCGAAUGGCUGACUGCUUCCUGCCAGAAUGCAUCAUAUGCAAUGAAAGUUGACUCUGACAUAUUUCUCAAUGUGAAAAUCUUAGUAAAUAUGCUUUUGUCUGCACCAAAAGAGAACUAUAUGACUGGACUCGUGACUAGGAGAGGAAUGGUAUUGAGAAACCCCCGCUCUAAAUGGUACCUUCCAAAAAAAGUUUUCGCUCCUGCUAUAUAUCCUCCCUACAUUAUGGGCUUGGCAUAUGUGUUCUCUUUAGACCUUCCAGAGAAGUUUGUUGAAGCAGCCCAGCAUGUCAAGGCAGUCUACAUAGAGGAUGUUUAUUUAGGAUUAUGCAUGAAGCAUUUAGGGAUUUCAGUAACUAAUCCAUCAGAUGUAGGCCUCUUUAAUGUCUACCCUGUAAAAUAUAACCGCUGUCUUUAUUCAAAACUCAUCGCCAUAACUACAAGAAGCUUGAGAGAACAAAUAGAGUUUUGGAAGGAUUUACAGACACCAGGUUCACCUUGUUAACGGCAGAUUGCGAAUAGGAAUUCUUUACAUUUACAUUACAUUUAUGCAUUUGGCAGACGCUUUUAUCCAAAGUGACUUACAGAGCCCUUAUUACAGGGUCAAUCCCCCCGGAACAACCUGGAGUUAAGUGCCUUGCUCAAGGGCACAAUGGUGGUGGCUGUGGGGUUUGAACCAGUGUCCUUCUGAUUACUAGAUUACCAGUUAUGUGCUUUAGACCACUACACCUUUAAAUGUAUGAAAGUUGCCAGUCAUUCUAUAAAACGGACAUCCACAAAGACACACAAAAAAAAGACUUGGGUUAAAGGGAUAGUUCAUCCAAAAGUUGUAAAUCUCUCAUCAUUUACUCACCCGUAUACCAUUAUCUGAAUAAAGAACAUCAUAUGAGUUUAAGACGUCAUUUUCAUUUUUGUGUGGACUAUUCCUUUAAUUAUGCAUCUUUUACAAAGAGGAAUAACAAUUGCAAUAUUAAAGACCAAGUUGUAAACAGAUGGUCUCAGAUGCGGAGGCAGCUGGGAUUCGUCCUCCGCCACCCAGAUUGAGGCGAAUCACUACCAUGAGGUACCAAGAGGACUUAAAAGUACAUUGGGAAUUGUGCAUUCCAAAUUGGGAGAAAUUUUUCAGUCAGUGUUUGUAAACUAGUGGGUUUUGAGACUCCUGUCUCAAAAAUGGCUCGCAAGGUCUGUUCUGAAAAUGAUGCUUAAUGCAUAAUAUUCAUGCAUAGUUAGACUAGCCAAAUAAAUAUCAUAUUGAAUCAUCCCAUAUCAACUUUUAAAAGGGACACUUCCCAUAGCACUUCCGAAAUGUUUUGUUGUUAAUGGUUAAGACUGUAUAAUUCAACUCUAUGGUAUUUUGGUAAUUCACCUGUCACUUGGUAAAAGCAAACCAAAUUAUGCAAGUGUCAACAUGGACAGAUUGCACACCUUCAUCCUCGAAAAUCAUGAUCAAAAUGACUGAAGGCAAUGUAAAACAAACCAGACUGCAUUACUGUGAAUGCAUUACUAUAUUAAAAGUUCACUUUCAACGGGGAUAAACAUGAUUUUUUUCAGACCAAUAUGUGUUUUGAACAGUGAAUUACUGCCUUAAUAAAUAAAAUAAAUAAUAAUAAUAAUAAUAAUAAUAGGAAAUUUCAACAUUUGAUUUUAAGGACAAUUUGGUUUACUUUUGCUCAAUAACCAGUUCUGGAACUGUGUUGG